AAGAAAGAACUACUGAAUCAAGUAAUCCACUUGAGAACCGACCGAACCGGAUCGUACCCUUAGGUUGAAGCGAAAAUACACCUUCAUAAAGAAACUGUCGAACAAGGAAGUCCCAGACGGUGUGCGAACACCAGGCGCGGCAGUUGAGACGGCAACCGGCAUCGCAAAUUGACCUCGGACUCACUGGCUUCAGGCAUUAUAGUCUCCAGACACAAUCCAAGGACGAUUUCUCAACUGACGGCGAUGGUUUUCGGACGGACGGCGAAUGAAAAACCCGAUCCUCUGAAACUGUGGAAGCAACGAAUUGUGCGGAAGCUGGCUGCGGUUCUGCGAGUGUUCGACAUGUCGGAAUCGUUGAAGUACCACACCGGAAGUAGGGUGCGCUACUUUAGACGGCGGCUAGAGUACCGGCGACGGCAAUGAUAGCAGCGAGCAACUUGGGUUCUGCAGUGCUAGAAAAAUUAUCGUUUCUCCUCAAGGUACUGUUAUGUUGGUACAUAUUGUCCAUGAAGGCAAUAAUUUUUUGUACUCGACAAAUCUUGACUUCCAAUAAGUUUCGAGGCAUCGUUUCUUCGACCCGCAUACAUUUUGACCGUUUAAAAGUUGAAGUCUUUUCUAAAGAAGUGUGUGAGAUAAUAUUGGACCAAUAUCCUGGCAUCAAAACAUUGAAUAAACUCCACUCCAAGAUUGUUGUUAAUGAACAUCUUCGGAUUGACCCAACUCUUGCUAUUAAGCUUAUGAGAGCUUACUCUGCUUGUGGGGAAACAAGUGUUGCUCGUUACAUCUUUGAUAGAAGUCUUGAAAAGAAUGUUGUGUUUUUUAAUGUCAUGAUAAGAAGUUAUGUGAACAACAACUUGUAUUUUGAAGCUCUUUCCAUUUUUCAAGUCAUGUUAAGCUGUGCUUUUAAUCCUGAUCAUUACACAUUCCCUUGCGUUUUGAAGGCAUGUUCUGGAUUGGAUAACUUGAGGGUUGGGUUGCAAGUUCAUGAUGCAAUAUUGAAAGUUGGUCUUGACUCAAACUUAUUUAUUGGUAAUGCUUUAGUAGCCAUGUAUGGUAAAUGCGGUUGUUUAAGGGAGGCUCGAAAAGUCCUUGAUCAAAUGCCAUAUAGAGAUGUGGUUUCUUGGAAUUCAAUGGUUGCAGGGUACGCUCAAAGUGGGCAAUUUGAUGAUGCAUUGGAAAUUUGCAAGGAAAUGGAUUCUCUAAAUCUAAAUCAUGAUGCAGGUACAAUGGCUAGCCUUUCACCUGUUGUGUGUUAUACAUCAUUGGAAAAUGUUCAGUAUAUUCAUAGCAUGUUUGAGAGGAUGGCUAAGAAGAAUUUGGUUUCAUGGAACGUGAUGAUAGCAAUAUAUGUGAAUAAUUCUAUGCCAAAUGAAGCCGUUAGUUUAUUUUUGCAAAUGGAGGAAUGUGGGAUGAAACCAGAUGCAGUUACAAUUGCAAGCCUUCUUCCUGCUUGUGGGGACCUUUCAGCCCUAUUUCUUGGAAGGCGUCUACAUAAAUAUAUUGAGAAGGGAAAUCUUCGGCCAAAUUUAUUACUUGAGAAUGCAUUACUUGACAUGUAUGCUAAGUGUGGAUGUUUAGAAGAAGCUAGGGAUGUAUUUGAUAAAAUGAAAUUGCGAGAUGUUGUGUCAUGGACAUCAAUGAUGUCUGCAUAUGGAAGAAGUGGUCAAGGCUAUGAUGCAGUGGCACUAUUUGCAAAAAUGCUAGACUCGGGUCAAAUUCCGGACUCCAUUGCUUUUGUUUCUGUACUCUCUGCUUGUAGUCAUACAGGAUUGUUGGACCAGGGGCGUCAUUACUUCCGUAUGAUGACAGAACAAUAUGGGAUAGUUCCUAGGAUAGAGCACUUUGCUUGCAUGGUAGAUCUAUUCGGACGAGCUGGUGAAGUCGAAGAAGCAUAUAGUUUCGUCAAGCAGAUGCCAAUGGAGCCAAAUGAAAGAGUGUGGGGUGCUCUUUUGAGUGCUUGUCGAGUGCACUUGAAGAUGGAUAUUGGACUUGUAGCUGCUGAUCGUCUUUUCCAAUUGGCCCCUAAGCAAUCAGGCUACUAUGUCUUGUUAUCAAACAUUUAUGCAAAGGCUGGUAUGUGGAAAGAUGUAAUGAAUGUUCGAUAUGCAAUGAAGAAGAUGGGAAUUAAAAAAGUGCCUGGCAUUAGUAAUGUUGAACUUAAUGGUCAAGUUCAUACAUUUCUUGCUGGUGAUCAAUAUCAUCCACAAGCCAAGAACAUAUACGAAGAAUUGGAUGUAUUAGUCGGGAAAAUGAAGGAGUUGGGUUACAUUCCUCAAACUGAGUCUGCUCUCCAUGAUGUGGAGGUCGAGGAUAAAGAAUGUCAUCUAGCUAUUCAUAGUGAAAAGUUGGCCAUUGUCUUUGCUAUCUUAAACACGAAACAAGGUACACCGAUUCGAAUUACGAAGAACCUUCGUGUUUGUGGGGAUUGCCAUUUUGCUAUUAAACUUAUAUCCAAAAUAGCGUCACGUGACAUUAUUGUUAGAGAUUGCAAUCGUUUUCACCAUUUCAGUAAUGGAAUAUGCUCAUGUGGCGAUUACUGGUAAGCCUCCUAGAUGUUUAAUUAUUGAAAGAGAUCGUUCGGGAGAUGGACAAGCUUGUGUUGUCACCAUUAUCGUUGCAUUUGAAGCUUUAGGUUAUAUAAUUUUCUUCUUUGAUUAUUUAUUCUCAUAGUUUCCAUUUUCAUUUUUAGUGUGAACUGUGAGAAUUUAUAUAUUUAAUUUCGAUCUUCCUUCACUUUUUUGGUGCUUCUAUUUUUCUUCUUCUGAAAGAGAUAAAGAUGCUUUAAGAGUUUGAUGCUUCAACGAUAAGCGGAGAGGACAUUUUGCCCAUAAACUUUGUUUAGGACAAAGUUUUGUAGCAUUUAAAUUAUUUGAAGAACUUAAUGUAUAAUAACAUUAAUACAAUUAUCUAUAUAUAUAUAUUUGACAAAUAUCGUUA